GGCUGGCCCUGGGGAGGAAGGCGGGGUUCAAGCACUUUGGGGAAGGCGAUGGACGUCCGCCGGUCCCGGGUGCGGUUGAGGCGGGGCGCCAAGCGGCGGGUCCGGCGGCGGCGACCGGGGCUUCCCUGACUGCCCUCCCCGGAGGGCCGGGGAGGAAAUGACAGCGCGGGAGCCGGAGCGGGCGCGGAGAGAGGGGCGGCGCCCGGAGUGGCACGGCCUGUCACCGAAGAGGCCGCCGCGCAGCCCCCUCCCGCGACCGCGGGGAGCCGGGGAUUCCCCAGACGAGGAGCACCCCCCCCCCCCGCCGGCAGCCGCGCAGCCGCCGCACCCCGGUCCCACCGUGACCCCCGCCGCGGAGGGUUCUCAGCCGGGCUGACAGAGACGACCCAGCGCCCGGCAGCGAAGCCGGGCAAGUCGAGGCCGAGCGGGUCGGAGAGGCGCCCGGGGCGAGCGGCGGGGUCCCCCAGGCUCAACGACAGGAAACUCUGGGGAGUGAAUGGAAAGAAGUGGGUGGUCUGGCCUCUGCGACUUCCCCUGACAUCACUGCCCAAAUAAGGAGCUUCCAAGCGGCCGCGGGGCGACCGGGAGCCGCGCCCGCCGCCAGCGCCGGCCCGCAAGCCCGCCCCGCGCCCACCCCGCGCCGCGUGGGCCGCCAGCAAGCGCCCGGGGCACCGCCGGGCGGAGCCGAGCCGGGAGGAGCCGAGCGAGCGGGCGCUGCCGAGCCGCGCGGAGGCCGGGCGCGCAGCCCAGCGCAGCCCAGUCCAGCGCGGCGCAGCCCAGCCGGGAGGAGCGGAGCCGCCGCCGCCCGGCAGGAUCGGAGGCACAGACCCAGAAGUCUUGACUUCGUUCAUGGAGAAGCCUUAAGAGAUACUGGCCAGGCAAGCUCUCCCCUCCAGAGGGAAGAGCAACGUGUAAGGAACGGGCAGCAACGGCAGGAGUGGACAUGAGUGCUGGUUUUCAGAGAGAAGAGCGUUUUAGUUUUGGUCAUCGAAAGUGGUGCCUUCAGCACAGAAGAGCCUGACUUCUCUGUGGCUGUUGAUCGCCAACACGGGACUAAAGGGGAGAAGAGGCUGGGACGGAGCCACCCUCAGCAUCCAGUGUGGCUUCACUUUUGCCAGGACCAGGGAUGACUGGGCCGUGGACACGGACGUCUCCAACCUCCAACAGUUCACAUAGCACACAGGGGACUCGUGGGGUCACCUGCCACUGCCAAGUGGAAUAAUACAAUGGCAAUAUUGACAUCCUUCAUGACGUAUUCAAGACAGACAUUCAGGCAGAAAGCCGUGGUGCAUUUUCUGUCUGCAAAGUAGAGGGCAUGCCUCACCAAUAUGAAUAGUUUGGACCCUGAUGACCUGCUCUGAGUCUACUCACAGCCAGUGACACUUGCAAAAAAAAAACUCCCAAAGCUGUCUUUGGGCUUCUGCAGCUCGUGACCAAUGUGGCCAAAGUCAGGCGCCUCCUUGGGACAUUUGGAUUAUUCAUAAAUGCAGCCUGCCCCAACCCUCCCUGAAUAGCAUCUGAAGUUUCUCUGGAGGUCAUGGAUCCUGAACAAAGUGCCAAGGGCACCAAGAAGGCUGAAGGAAGUCCCCGGAAGCGGCUGACCAAAGGAGAGGCCAUUCAGACCAGUGUUUCAUCCAGUGCCCCACAUCCAAGCAGCGGCACUGCUGCCACCCAAGAAAGCCCCCUCCAAGAGCUCCGAGCCCCACAGCCCUUCCCAGGCCCCUCAUCGGUUCUUCGGGAAGGCUCUCAGGAGAAAACGGGCCAGCAACAGAAGCCCCCAAAGAGGUCCUCCAUUGAAGCGUCUGUCCACAUUUCGCAGCUUCCACAGCACCCUCUGACACCAGCAUUCAUGUCGCCCGGCAAACCUGAGCAUCUCCUGGAGGGGUCCACCUGGCAGCUGGUCGACCCCAUGAGACCUGGACCAUCAGGCUCCUUUGUCACCCCUGGGCUCCAUCCUCAGGGCCAGCUCCUCCCUUCUCAUGCUUCUCUCAUCCCCCCUGAGGACCUGCCUGGCAUCCCCAAAGUCUUUGUGCCCCGUCCCUCCCAGGUCUCCUUGAAGCCCACAGAAGAGGCACACAAGAAGGAGAAGAAACCACAGAAGCCGGGCAAGUACAUCUGCCAGUACUGCAGCCGGCCCUGCGCCAAGCCCAGCGUGCUCCAGAAACACAUCCGCUCACACACAGGCGAGAGGCCCUACCCCUGCGGUCCCUGUGGCUUCUCCUUCAAAACCAAGAGUAACCUCUACAAGCACAGGAAGUCCCAUGCCCACCGCAUCAAAGCAGGCCUGGCCUCGGGAAUGGGCAGUGAGAUGUAUCCCCCAGGCCUGGAGGUGGAGAGGAUCCCUGGGGAAGAGUUUGAGGAGCCCACUGAGGGAGAAAGCACGGAUUCAGAGGAGGAGACAGGGGCCAUGUCCAGUCACCCUGCAGAGCUCUCUCCCAGGCCUAAGCACCCCCUCCUGUCCAGCAGUUUGUACAGCUCUGGGAGCCACGGGUCCAGCCACGAGCGAUGCUCCUUGUCCCAGUCCAGCACAUCCCAGUCACUCGAGGACCCCACUCCAUUCGCAGAACCCUCAUCCGAGCACCCCCUGAGCCAGAAACCCGAAGACACCCACACAAUAAAGCAGAAGUUGGCCCUCCGCUUAAGUGAGAGGAAAAAGGUGAUCGACGAGCAGUCGUUUCUGAGCCCAGGUAGCAAAGGGAGCACUGAGUCUGGGUACUUCUCCCGCUCCGAGAGCUCUGAGCAGCAGGUCAGUCCCCCAAACACCAAUGCCAAGUCCUAUGCUGAGAUCAUCUUUGGCAAGUGUGGGCGGAUUGGGCAACGGACCGCCAUGCUGACGGCCACCUCGACCCAGCCCCUUCUGCCCCUGUCCACCGAAGACAAGCCCAGCCUGGUGCCUUUGUCCGUACCCCGGACCCAGGUCAUCGAGCACAUCACCAAGCUCAUCACCAUCAACGAGGCCGUGGUGGACACCAGCGAGAUAGACAGCGUGAAGCCCAGGAGAAGCUCGCUGUCGAGGCGCAGCAGCAUGGAGUCUCCCAAAUCCAGCCUCUACCGGGAGCCACUGUCAUCCCACAGUGAGAAGAUGAAGCCCGAACAAUCACUGCUGAGCCUCCAGCACCCCCCCAGUACCACCCCUCCCGUGCCUCUCCUGAGAAGCCACUCAAUGCCUUCUGCCGCCUGCACUAUCAGUACCCCCCACCACACCUUCCGAGGUAGCUACUCCUUUGACGACCAUAUCACCGACCCCGAUGCCCUGAGCCGCAGUCAAGUGUUUACCUCCCACCCCCGGAUGCUGAAACGCCAGCCGGCCAUUGAACUGCCUUUGGGAGGGGAGUACAGUGCCGAGGAGGCUGGACCAAGUAGCAAAGAUGCAGCCUCCAAACCUGCCGAAGAAUCUGAACCCAAGGAAAGUGAACUGACCAAAAAGACCAAGAAGGGUUUGAAAAUAAAAGGGGUGAUCUAUGAAUGUAACAUAUGUGGUGCUCGGUACAAGAAAAGGGAUAACUAUGAAGCCCAUAAGAAAUACUAUUGCUCAGAGCUUCAGAUCACAAAGCCUGUCUCUGCAGGUGCUCACAUGCCUUCAGAAACAAAAAAGAGUCAGGCUGAGCACGAGCCGUGGUCCCAGAUGAUGCAUUAUAAACUGGGGACCACCUUGGAACUUACUCCACUGAGAAAGAGGCGGAAAGAGAAAAGCCUCGGGGAUGAGGAAGAGCCACCUACCUUUGAGUCUGCAAAAAGUCAGUUUGGCAGCACCGGGCCAUCAGAUGCUGCUCGGAACCUUCCCCUGGAGUCCACCAAGUCACCAGCAGAACCAAGCAAAUCAAUGCCCUCAUUGGAGGGAUCCAUGAGCUUCCAGCCCAGGACUCCCAAGCCAGGGUCCAGUUCUGAAUCAGGGAAGGAGAGGAGAACAACGUCCAAAGAAAUCUCUGUCAUCCAGCACACCAGCUCCUUUGAGAAAUCCGACUCUCUAGAGCAGCCCAGUGGCUUAGAAGGGGAAGACAAGUCUCUGGCCCAGUUCUCAUCACCCCCUCCUGCCCCACACGGACGUUCAGCUCAUUCCCUGCAGCCCAAGUUGGUCCGCCAGCCCAACAUACAGGUUCCAGAGAUCCUGGUGACCGAGGAGCCCGACCGGCCAGACACAGAGCCUGAGCCACCCCCUAAAGAACCCGAGAAGACGGAGGAGUUCCAGUGGCCCCAGCGCAGCCAAACUCUUGCCCAGCUCCCGGCCGAGAAGCUGCCACCCAAGAAGAAGAGGCUGCGACUGGCAGAGAUGGCCCAGUCGUCGGGGGAGUCUAGCUUUGAGUCCACCGUGUCUCUGACUCGCAGCCCAAGCCAGGAGAGCAGUAUCUCCCUGAGCGAGUCCAGCCGUUCGGCCUCAUUUGAGAGGGAAGACCAUGGAAAAGCCGAGGCCCCCGGGCCCUCGUCCGACACGCGCCCCAAACCUCUGGGCACCCACAUGCUGACCGUCCCCAGCCACCACUCACACUCCCGAGAGAUGCGGAGGUCAGCCUCAGAGCAAAGCCCCAACGUGUCCCAUUCCUCCCCAAAGACUGAAACACGCAGCAAAUCAUUCGACUAUGGCAGCUUGUCCUUGACAGGCCCUUCUGUGCCGGCCGCCGUGGCUCCACCGGCCCCGGCACCCCCAGCAGAGAGAAGAAAAUGCUUCUUGGUGAGACAGGCCUCUCUGAGCAGACCUCCCGAGAUGGAGCCAGAGGCCACCCCCAAGGGAAGACAUGAGGGUGAGGAGCCACAGCCCUCAUCCAGUCAGCCCUCUAAGAAAAGCUUGUUGCCCCAGCUUUCCUCUACGGCCACCUCCCACAGCGGGCACCCAGGAGGCAAGAGCCAGGUGCAGGACAGGCCCCCACUGGGAUCUACUCCACCCUACACAGAAGCACUGCAAGUGUUCCACCACCCCAUUGCCCAGCAAUCCCUGCAUGAGAAACCAUAUCUGCCCCCACCUGUCUCCCUUUUCUCCUUCCAGAACCUCUUGCAGCAUGAGCCAGGGCAGUCUUCGGAAUUCUUCUCUACCCAGGCCAUGUCCAGCCUCCUCUACUCACCGUACUCUGUGCCUCCUCUUCCUCCCUCCUUAUUUCCAGCCCCACCACUUCCUCUCCAGCCUGCUGUUCUGCACCCAGGCCAGCUCCACCUCCCCCAGCCUGUGCCUCACCCAGCCAACAUCCCCUUCCGGCAGCCCCCUUCAUUUCUCCCCAUGCCAUACCCUGCCUCCUCAGCACUCUCUUCUGGGUUUUUUCUGCCUCUGCAAUCCCAGUUUGCUCUUCAGCUCCCCAGUGAUGUGGACAGCCGUCUGUCCCAGAUCAAAACCAGCAUGGCCCCGCUGGCUUCAGGAACUGCUGGCCUCUCCCCCAGCACAGAGUACAGCAGUGACAUCCAGGUGCCCCCUGUGGUCCCCCCAGCCAGCUCUGCAGCACCCACAUCAGCCCCUCCACUGGCCCUACCCACCUAUCCAGACACUAUGGUGUCCCUGGUCGUGCCUGUCCGCAUCCAGACCAACAUGCCAUCCUAUGGGAGUGCGAUGUACACCACCCUCUCCCAGAUCUUGGUCACCCAGUCCCAAGGCAGCUCAGCAACUGUGGCUCUUCCCAAGUUUGAGGAACCCUCAUCCAAAGGAACGACUGUGUGUAGGGCAGAUGUGUAUGAAAUUGGGCCUGGACUGGCUGGGGUAAGUGAAGAACAAAGCAGAGGUUUCCCGACUCCAUACCUGAGAGUGCCUGUGGCAUUACCGGAAAGAAAAGGCACUCCCCUGUCAUCAGAGAGUGUCUUGAGCCUGGAGGGGAGUUCAUCAACAGCGGGGGGAAGCAAACGUGUCCUUUCACCAGCUGGCAGUCUUGAACUUACCAUGGAAACCCAACAGCAAAAAAGGGUGAAGGAAGAGGAGGCUUCCAAAGCAGAUGAAAAACUUGAGCUGGUAAAACCGUGCAGUGUGGGGCUUACAAGCAUCGAAGAUGGGAAGAGGUCGGAGAAAUCCCACUUAGGAGGCCAGGGCCAGGGCAGGAGGGAGCUAGAAAUACUGUCCAGCCUGUCCUCAGAUCCAUCUGACCCAAAGGAAAUUCCUCCCCUUCCUCACCCCACAUCGCCCCAUGUGACAGCCCCAAGCUCAGAAACUUUGAAAGAAUAUGCCCAGCCAUCUGGCAAACCUCACCGAAGAGGGUUACCUGCAAUAAGUGUGAAGAAAGAAGAUUCCAAGGAACAACCUGACCUCCCUCUACAGACGCCUUCCAGCUUGCUGCCUCUGUCAGAAACGUCGCCCAGACCAGCCAAGUCACAAGAAGGUACGGACUCAAAGAAGGUACUGCAGUUCCCCAGCCUCCACACGACCACUAAUGUCAGUUGGUGCUAUUUAAACUACAUUAAGCCAAAUCACAUCCAGCAUGCAGAUAGGAGGUCCUCUGUUUACGCUGGUUGGUGCAUAAGUUUGUACAACCCCAACCUUCCGGGGGUUUCCACUAAAGCUGCUUUGUCCCUCCUGAGGUCUAAGCAGAAGGUGAGCAAAGAGACAUACACCAUGGCCACAGCUCCGCAUCCUGAGGCAGGAAGGCUUGUGCCAUCCAGCUCCCACAAGCCCCGCAUGACAGAGGUUCACCUCCCUUCGCUGGUUUCCCCGGAAGGCCAGAAAGAUACAGCUAGAGUGGAGAAGGAAGAGGAGCAGCGAGGGGAGCCGGAGGAGGACGCUCCCGCCUCCAAGAGAGGGGAGCCGGCGAGGAUCAAAAUCUUCGAAGGAGGGUACAAAUCAAACGAAGAGUAUGUAUAUGUGCGAGGCCGCGGCCGAGGGAAAUAUGUUUGUGAGGAGUGUGGAAUUCGCUGCAAGAAGCCCAGCAUGCUGAAGAAACACAUCCGCACCCACACUGACGUCCGGCCCUAUGUGUGCAAGCACUGUCACUUUGCUUUUAAAACCAAAGGGAAUCUGACUAAGCACAUGAAGUCAAAGGCCCACAGCAAAAAGUGCCAAGAGACGGGGGUGCUGGCGGAGCUGGAAGCCGAAGAAGGAACCAGUGACGACCCGUUCCAGGACUCGGAGGGGCGAGAGGGCUCAGAGGCCGUGGAGGAGCACCAGUUUUCAGACCUGGAGGACUCAGACUCCGACUCGGACCUCGAUGAAGAUGAGGACGAGGACGAGGAGGAGAGCCAGGACGAGCCGACUGGACCAUCCUCGGAGGCACCCGUGCCUGGUCCGCCAGCCCCGCUGCAGGCUGGCUCCUCGCCCGGUCUGGGUCCUCAGCCCCUGGGGGCCACCCCUGGUGGCCAGGCUGUGCGGGGCAGCUCGGUCUCAGAAGCUGAGCACUUGGCAGCUGGUGGUUGCUCCACAUCCAGCCAGAGCAUCCUGUGUCUCCCCCAGCUGGGACCGGUCCCUUCGGGCUCCACAGAGAGGGACACAGGGGCCUCAAGCUCCAAGGCCAUGUCCCUGAGGAGGCCGUGGUCUCCAAGCAAAGAAGCGGGCACCCACCCACCACUUGCUCACCAACAAUCACUAACCAAAAACGACUCGUCCCCCCAGCGAUAUUCACCGGCCCAAGAACCCCAGGCCUCAGCCCCAAGCCCGCCUGGCACCCAGAUGGACCCUCUCCCUUGUGGGUCUCCAAGACUCGAGCUGUCUCCUCUCAGCCCCCGCCCCUUGGAAAGAGAACUGCCCCCACGAGCGCAUCUGCCCCUCGAACACGAGGGCUCCACGGACCCAGGCCCCCCCAGAUACUCGCCCACCAGGAGACGGUCUCCGGGUCAGGCCGAGUCACCACCAUGGUCAGCGCUGCCAGGGAAGUGGGCCUUGGUGGGGCCGGGCAGCUCCUCGGCGGGCGAGCGUGGCCCAGGCUCGGCACUGGCCCCGUGGCUUCUCUUCCCACCCACGCCUCUACCUCACAAGCUUCUGGGCAGAAGCCCUGAGACCUACACCUCCCCGUGGCAGAAGGCCGAGCCCCGAAGUCCAUCCUGCUCACCUGGCCCUGCUCAUCCUUUCUGCUCCCGGCCCUGCCCCACCGCCCAUGACCUCCAUGGCCACGGCCCAGCCCGGACAGAGGAGAACAUCUUCAGCCACCUGCCCCUGCACUCCCAGGGCUUGACCCGCCCCCCGUGCCCUUUGAUUCCCAUCGGCGGGAUCCAGAUGGUGCAGGCCCGGCCGGGGGCCCCCGGAGCCUGGGUCAGUGGCUUCUCAGGGGGUGGCAGCGACCUGACAGGGGCCCGGGAGGCCCAGGAGCGAGGCCGCUGGAGUCCCACCGAGAGCUCGUCCGCCUCCGUGUCCCCCGUGGCUAAGGUCUCCAAGUUCACACUCUCCUCGGAGCUGGCGGGCAGGGACUACCCCAAGGAGAGGGAGAGGACGAGCGGGGGCCGGGGCCGACCUCCCGACUGGGAGCCCACGCCCACGGACAGCCCCUGCACCCCGCCCGAGGCCUUGCCCUGGCCCCCUCCACAGGGCCGCCGGGCCCAGCAGCCCUGGAGCGCGGAGUCACCGCGCGCUUUCGCCAGCCCCAGGGCCUCCCCGGCCCCGCCACUGGACCGCAGCAGCUCCGUGGGCUGCCUGGCCGAGGCCUCUCCCCGCUUCCCAGCCCGGAGGAGGAACCUUUCUGGGGAGCCCAGAACCGGCCAGGGCUCCCCCAAGCCCUCAGGAAGUACAGGGCCGGGGGCACCUCCAGACCAGCCCGAGGACAGGGGCACCCCAAGCACUUAGCCUUUCUCCGACCGCUUCAGCUUCUGGCUCCCGGUGUGGGGCAACAGACGUUUCCAGCCGACUUCCUCGAAUCAUCUUGCUCUCACGGGCUCCCUUUCCCAUCUGUCCAUCUGUCCAAGCAGCUUCUGCUCAGACCCCCGUCUGUUAUCUUUCCAUGUAUGCAGUUACCUGUGCCUUUUCUAUACCUUUCGUUGCUUGAAAAGAAACAAAACAACACACACACACACAUAAAAAAAAAAAAUAACCCACGAGGAGUUUGAGGCUGUGAAUAUUUUGUGCUUUUUGGGGGAAGGGGUUUAGGUGGAACCUCACCCUCUGCAACUGACGUCAGCAGCCACCCUCCACCCCAAGUCUUGGCAAGAGGAGGCCAUUUGCUGAGGGAGAGGGGUUGCACUGAGGGGGAGAAAAUUACAAGAAACUUUUAAAAAUAUAUAAUUAAGUGUAAACACAAAUGCUCCUAUGUACAGAUGUUUAUGGUUCCUAUUUAUUGCCUCUUUAUCCCACCCCAACUAGUGGCCCAAGGCAGAGGGACACAAACACAGGCCGUGAGGCCCAGAAAACUCACCUUUUCAUCAUUUGCACUUUUUUUUCCAAGAAAAGGAAAAUAGGUCAUUUUUCCCAGGUUUGAAUAACAAAAAAUAGGGACAGGUGGAAGGUAAGGUAGGAGCUGGAUCCCCCAGGGCUGCCAGGGGGUCUGAGUCCUGGCCCACCUGACAGUUGACCCAUGGACACCCCCCAGCACCUCCCCUCUGCACCCCCACCCCUACCCCCUGGGCUGGGAAAGGAGCCCCUGACCAACCACCUCCUGGCUCCUGAGCACCUGACCUAGGCCCUGCUCUCCUGGUCCCACCCCCAGCCUGCCCUCCCUGUCCUCACACCCCCCCAGAGGGCGGAUGUGACAGGGCCCAGCCCCUCCGCUCUGAGGCCGCGGCUUGGGUUUUGCUUCACAUUUGGUCCCUGGGGUGCAGGGGGCCCUAUUUUCUUCGUGGUUGGGCUUUUCCAGUGCUUGGGCACAGCUCUGGACCCUUGUAGCAGGGGGUGUUCCCUCCCAGCCCCCCACCCCCCACCAUUGGUCCUCCACCAGCCCGGAGGAAAUACCCAAAACUGUGACGCGGGAAACUGUCUGGACCUGUUUGUUGGCAAAACCGCUUUUAAAGAUGCAUAAGGAAUCUAGAGACGACAGUGUCUGAUACUUUCCCCACCCUCUCUUUACCCACAGUAUUUUUGAAUUGUCCUAAGUCAUUUAAAUUCUUCUCCAAAGCAAUCCAUGCAAGCCAGUGCCUCCUUCCUCCUCCCCAUCUCCAGCUUCAAGAAGCUGCACUGCAUUUCCUGGGGUGACAAAAAAGCUGCUUUGUCAGAAAAAUAACAUGACCAAAAAUUAAAAUCCCAAGUUGAAAAGAUGGAACCUGAACUCCAACAUUUUUGCCCCACCCUAGAAGAGAGGAGUUUUCUUCCAACCUUCCAGAAAUGAUUUUCUUUCAUUUCUGCAAGGGGAAGGGGGAGGCGGCGCAGCGAGGGGCAACAUCUGUGGCCUUCCAGGCAGGGCGCUCUCCCACUUACAGAGCAGGGUGCUCCUCACCCGGCCCUUGGCCCGCAGGCCAGCCUUAUAUUCAAGUUGCUGAGAUGGGCACAGGAGGAGGAGGGUUGAGACGCUUCCGUGCACCCUCCGGGCUUGACCGUGAUUUCUUCAUCCCCCUCCCAUUCAGGCCCUGUCCCUGCUUGGCCCUUUCUGAUGGUCAGACCAGCUACAGGGCCAGCUUUCAGCCAGACCACCUUGUUCCUUCUCCUCUGACCUGGCUCAGAGCUAAGACAAGAAGGGGACAAUGGGAAGGGCCUCCCUGGAGCCAGAAAAUUGGGAGUCCUCCAUGUUCCAGAAUUCCUGGACUCUCUCACUCAUCAUGGGAGAAGGCCAGCCAACUGGCUUUGACCCUAUGGACACCGUUUGGGCCUGGGAGGAAGCAGAAAGGAACCUGGGUCCUGGUCCAGCACAGGCCUGGGCUUUCCUCACCCCCUGCCCCCCGCCUUUCAGCCCUAAGCUGUGGGGCUGCUCAAGACUUCAAGGGCUGAGGGCUGGGCGCUAGAUAAAGGGGCAUUGCUUCAGCCCAGCUUUGAAACUUUUCUGGGCAAGUCCUUCCAGUCCCAGCCCAGCAGAUGAGGGGCUCUGCUGGGCUAGCACCCUGACUUUUGGGGUGACCAUGCCCCUCCUCCCCUGUGCCCCCAGCCCUCCUGGGCUUCAGUACCCCUAUACUCAGACAGCCCACCCACCAAAGGUAUCCUGCCCCAGGGAACCUGGUAGGGGACAGGGUGGCCAGCAGGGGAGGCUCCCCACCAGUAGCUCAGGCACAUCGGGCACAGGCAGAGGGAAGGUAACUAGACCAGAAGUCAUUGGAGACCCAUUUCUGAAUGAUGGGGACAGAAUCUGGCCCACAGGCUGCUGCCCCAGGGGGAUGGAAUCAAUGCCACCAGUAUGGGAUGUGUGUCACUGGGCACAGCUCUAACCACCCCCUGCCAGACCCUAUUCCCACUCCGCUGAGCACAGAACCCCCAGCCCAAGCUCACAACUUCGUAAUUUGGAAAAAGGCUCUCACCCCUCCACCUGCCCUGGACCCCCAUGCCCUGCUCCCAACUGUUUCCAUGUUUCCAUCUUGUCUGUGACAGCAUUGCCCCUGCCAAGGGAGGCAAUGGAGAAAGCAGUGCUAAUUUGUUGGCAUGGAUACCUGUUAACGUGCUCUGCUGAAAAUGUGCAAGGAUGCAGAAUGGCCAUUCCUUGGUAGAGGCUAGCUCUGGUCCUUGGGUGCUGGUAGCAGAGGAGGAAUAACUUGCUGAAGUUACCAACUCGCCUUCUGUUGGGGAUUCCAAGCUACUUGCCCACCCUACCCCAUCCCCGGGCCUACCAUCCUGGAUACCCCUAACCACUGGCAAACUCGGGGUUAUCCAGGGUUCAUAUCCUGUUCCUUACCCCCCUCCCGAAGGCACCCUUCCCACCCCCCACUGCCCCUUCCUGUCCACCCACCCCACGGCUUCCACUCUGGGUACAACCACAAAGUUCCUCCAGGAAUCUGACAGUAGCAAGCUGCUUGUCUCCAUAAAUCUUCAACUUCCAGACCCGGAAGUCCCUCUGCCUCCCUCUGUCAGAAAAAGUCUGAAAGAAUUAGCUUCCAGAUCCCUCUAGCCGCUGCUCCACUCUCACCCCAUUCUUCUCGAAGAGGAACAAGCAAUAUAUCUGCACUGGAUUUCUCUCUAGUCCUUUCUCCAGGGAGAUCCUCCCUAAAGCAAAAGUCCUGGCUGAGCAGCCAUCCCUGGAGCUAUUCUGCAUUAUUGACCUGUGGGGAGGAAGUUUCUGAAGGCCUGUUCCACAAAUCCUGCUUCUGUGUCGUGAACCCAGUCUGCUUUCCAUUAGAAAACCGCUUCGGCACUUACAAUCACUUUACUAACUCUAGUGUAAAAAAAGAAAAGAAAAAGAAAAGAAUAUAUAGGCAAAUGUAAGAUACGCACUCUCUGUAAGAUAAAUAUUUGCCUUUUUUUUCUAAAAGGUGUAUGUAUUCUGUAUGUGAAAUUGUCUGUGGAAAGUUUCUAUGUUCUUAAAUGGCAAUACAUUCCAAAACCGUAUUGUAGAUAUGUACAGCAACCACACUGGGAUGGGGUAGUUUUGCCUGUAAUUUUAUUUAAACUCCAGUUUCUACACUUGCAUCUUGCAAUGUCGGUAAGAUAUAUAUCAGUGCAAAAAAAAUUAAUAAUAAUCAACAAAAAUCCAUGCAGGUCUAAAGCACAGAGUAUGACGUACAAAAGGAAAAAAAUGCUCAGUAUUGAUGUGUGUGACUUUUGUUGUAAAUUACAUCUGUACUGUGAAUGAGAAGUUUUUACAAGUAUAAUAAUUGCCUUUAUUACAGCUCUGGCUGAGUGUUCAGCCUGAGGAUAUUUUUUAAAAAAAACAGCACAUUGGAAUAAAUUUUAAAAUC